AACUAAACUUCAAAUAUGAAGUCCUUAUUGAUUGUAUAUUUGACUGCAUACGUUUGGUUAACAUUUUGUCAAGAAGCUUCAGCCUCUAAUAAGAGUAUUCCUCUGGUAGUCAUUACCUGGGAUUAUAAGGAUGCAGCACAAAGAGCAUGGAAUGUUUUGAACAAUGAGAAAAGGAGUGCCUUGGAUGCAAUAGAAGAAAGUUGCAGUGUUUGUGAAGAGCAAAGAUGCAGGAAAACUGUAGGAUAUGGAGGCAGUCCGGAUGAAUCUGGAGAAACAACUCUGGAUGCUCUAAUCAUGGAUGGAGUAACAAUGGAUGUGGGUGGUGUAGGACUAUUAAGAAAUGUGAAAAAUGCCAUUUCAGUUGCUCGUAAAGUUUUAGAAAACACCAAACAUUCUUUGCUUGGUGGAGAACUGGCUACAAAAUUUGCUGUAGAGAUGGGAUUCAAGGAAGAACCUUUACAGACAGAAGAAUCAAAGAAAAUGUGGUUGGAUUGGAAAUCAAACAACUGUCAACCCAAUUAUUGGAAGAAUGUAAUUCCGGACCCAAGAAAGUCUUGUGGCCCAUAUCGUGUAGCAAAUAUCAUGGAAAACAAUGUGGAGGAGCAUAAAUCACAUGUGAACGAAGAAAACCACGAUACGAUUGGAGUUGUAGCUAUAGAUUUGAAUGGACAUAUAGCAGCAGGUACAUCGACGAAUGGAGCUAGAAAUAAAAUCCCUGGCCGCAUUGGGGAUUCCCCCAUAGCUGGUGCAGGCGCAUAUGCUGAUCAAAGGGUUGGUGCGGCAGCUGGAACCGGUGAAGGAGAUAUAAUGAUGCGUUUUUUGCCAAGUUUCCUGGCUGUAGAGGAAAUGCGCCGUGGCGCGACUCCAACUGAAGCUGCCACCACAGCAAUUAGAAGGAUUGCCGAACAUUAUCCUACAUUCACCGGUGCUGUAAUUGCAAUAAACAAAGAUGGAGAAUAUGGAGCUGCAUGCAACGGAAUCACACGCUUCCAACAUUACAUAGCUAAUCCUGAAUUAGGACAAGCGAUGAUGCGUUUUGUUAAUUGCAUAGAUGCCAAAUACGAAGUAUUUAAAGUCUAGAAAGGAACGAUCGUUUCUUUCAAUUUCUCAUACUUGUACUUAUUAGGAAGCAUAUUCCAUGAAUGAAAUAAAAGUUGAAGAACUGCAAAAUAUAA